AUGAUUCCACAUGCCUCAUUUCACAUGAAAUAUCUUGGUAAUCUACAUUAUUUUCUUGGUCUUGAGGUUCAUUCUACGUCUAAGGGAACCUUCCUCCAUCAGCACAAGUAUGCCACAAAUUUGAUUUCUAUGGCUGGUCUUGAAUCAGCUAAUCCAGUGGAUACCCCUCUUGAGGUUAAUGUUAAAUAUCAUCAUGAUGAUGGCGAUCUUUUAUUUGAUCCUUUAGUGUAUCGAAAACUUGUGGGUAGCCUUAAUUACUUGACUAUUACUCGUCCUGACAUAUCUUUUGUUGUCCAGCAAGUUAGUCAGUUCAUGCAUUCUCCUCGGCAUCUUCGUUUGGCCGCGGUUCGUCGUAUAAUUCGCUAUUUGAAAGGAACCUCUCAUCGUGGUCUAUUUUUUCCAACCGGAAUAGCUCCCAAAUUGAGUGCUUAUAGUGAUGCCGAUUGGGCAGAGUGUCCGGACACUCGUCGAUCUGUCACUGGUUGGUGCAUGUUUCUUGGUUCUUCGUUGAUCUUGUGGAAAAGUAAGAAGCAAGCAAGAGUCUCUAAAUCCUCUACUGAAUCUGAGUAUCGCGCCAUGUCCGCGGCUUGCUCGGAAAUUAUUUGA